CAGACCCGUGAAGAUCCGAUGUAGAAUAGGUUUUCAGCAACACAUGCUUGCCUUAAAAAGCGACUAUGCACCGUAAUGGAUAUAUUUAUGGAUACAGGUCUGUGGCUAUAUUUGUUUGAGACGCAAAGUCCAGUAAGGUACUAUAUGUUAGUCUACUGACAAACCACACAUCAUAUUCAAGAUGAGAAGAGCAGUAGGAGGAACUGAAUGAGUCCAACUUGCAAGACAACACCAUCACCAUGCUCUCCUUUUCCAGCAUAUCCUUUAUCAGGUUAAGUUCAUGCUGAAAACUCCUCACAUGGAAACCAUGCUGCAAAGGCAGAGUGCAUCAUUUCGGGUCAUGGUUGCAGCCGUGUUUGGCAUAACGCUGUUUGUAAUGGGUUAUAUCAGCUCCGGGUUUAAACCCAUCAGAGACUUGGAGGUAAUAUUGGACUCCAACAAUACAGCAUUUGAUCCCCCUUCUCCUAUAAGAGUUGACAAUUAUGAAUUCAGAUGUCCAAGCGUUCUACAGUACAUGACCCAAGGUCAUUGGAGGACGAGAAAGCUUACCAAGGCUGAAAGUGGAGGCGCAGAACAUUUUUUUCGCGCUGCUUUGAACCACAAAGGGGCCCCUGCUUCACUCCAGCGACCCGAUGGUCGAUGUGGUGACACAGGCUACGAAAACGUCACGAAAUAUAUACGAGCAAUUUGCAGUCCCACAGGACCGACCCCUUGCUGCUACAACUUCAAGUGUGUCAACAAGACAGAAGCCAUGUGUCGGUGUAAAAAUUGUUGGGAUCUUCGACAGCAGGUUCAAGCAAUAUAUUCGACCUGGAUACCAUCAGAUCCCAGAUGCAAACCCAUAUCUUACAGUUCCAAACAGAGUUGUUCCUUGUUGGAUGGUGGAUCGAUCACCUUCAUCGGGGAUUCUUUGGUACGUCACAUCUACACGGCGUUCUUAAUGACUAUACGAGGCAAUUUUGAAACCGGCGGUCUCCGUCCCGAGGACGUACCAGGAUGGAAGUUUCGAUGUUCUGGCAUGAUGAUGUUUGAGGAGAGAUUCUGCCGACUGCAACUUGACGUACGUCCGAAUCUAUGCGGCGGAAGAGUAAUCACGACUUGGUACAGGCACUACAACAUUCUGAGGUCGAAUGAUCUCUUGGGUGUUGUAACAAAUAAUUUAAAUGAAAAGCGAAGCCUAUUCGUUGUUGGAAUAGGCAUUCACGAGGACUACAAUUCGACUAGAGUGAAAAUGAAAUACUUAAAGCCUACACUAGACAGACUACGAAAGUUUGGCCUCGCUUGGCCCAAGGUAUUGUUUGUAGAUAUGAACGCCCCUGGGGUGAUGAAGUAUUCGGAUACACAAUCAAAACCUCACGUGAUUCGAUUCAAUCGCGAUAUGGAGGAAUUUUUGAAGGAGUAUGACAUCCCUGUGUUUAAAACGUUCAACAUGACAGAAGGUGUGCGAAGUUUUGAUGGAACCCAUUAUGCACUUGGAACAAAUAGGGUAAAAGCAAGUAUACUUCUGAACUACAUACAGGAGCUUAGCGAUGUCGGUGUUUGGUGAUUGUCAGUACAUGGUAGUUAAUGUAUGUCAGUCAGUAUGUUUGUCGGUGUAUGCUUUUCAGUAUACCUUUGUCAAGGUAUGUUUGUCAGUAUGUAUGUCAGUUCACGUUUGUUUGGGGCGGUCGGGUAGCCUAGUGGUUAAAGCGUCACACCGAAGACCCGGGUUCGAUUCCCGACAUGGGUACAAUGUGUGAAGCCCAUUUCUGGUGUCCCCCGCCGUGAUAUUGCUGGAAUAUUGCUAAAAGCGACAUAAAACCAUUCCCACUCACUCACUCAGUUCACGUUUGGCAAUGUAGCUGUGUCAACGUAUGUUUGUCAGUACACGUGGGGCGGUUUUAGCCUAGUAUUUGAAGCCUUCGUUCGUCGCGCCAAAGACCCGGGUCCAAUUUCCCACAUUUCUUCAAUGUGUGAGGCCCAUUUCUGGUGUCUCCCCGCCGUGAUAUUUCUGGAAUACUGCUGAAAGUGGUGUAAAACCAAAGUCAUUCAAUUUCAGUACAUGUCUGUCAGUGUAUGUAUCUCGGUACACGAUUGUCAGUGUAUGUUUGUGGGUACUUUUAUCAAGGCAUAGUUAUCAAGGCAUGGUUAAUAGUGUAUAUUCGUCAACGCAUGUGGUUUAGUAGGUUUGCUGGAAUAUGUUAUUAACGCACUUUUGUCAGUACAUAUUUGAUAGCGCAUGUAAGAUACGUGUCGCAUAUUGGAUGGUCCGUUUUAAAUAGUACGUACGGUAAUGCAAGCUUGUCGUUGAAUAUUUGAUAUUUCAUAUAUAUGUGCGUGUUCGCCGCUGCAUUGUUGUAACUGCGUGUUUGACAGUGCAUGUUUAAUGAUGCAUGUUUUAUAUAUUCAAUGUGGGGAAAUGUAUUUUCAAUAAUCUAUUAUGUUUUUACGUCAACGCUGUUAUUGAAACCUAAACUUGAAUAAAAAACAAACUUAAUUCA